AAAGUGAAGAUGAGGAGGAGGAUGUGGAGAGUGAGGCCCACCACACCCUCGUCCUCAGUGAUGGUGACUCCGUCCAAGUAACCAAUAUGGGUCCUGACAAGGCACACUUUGUCCUCAUUGCCGGCCAGCCCAUAGGAGAGCCUGUAGCCCAGUAUGGUCCCUUUGUCAUGAAUACGCAAGAGGAGAUCAAUGACGCUAUAACAGACUAUAACCUCCAACAGAAUGGCUUUGAGAAUGCCCACGAGUGGAGAUCAGCUGCGCAGAAAUAGGUCAAUUCUUAAUUCAGGAAUGGUUACAUGCACACUAUUUUUAAUGAAACAGAAUGUGUAAUUAUAUUAUUUUAUAUGUGUUAAAUCUAAUUUUUCGUGUAAAAUGUUUAUAACAAAAUAUUAAUGUGUGUAAGUUAUCACCUUUCAACUGUUGUUUGUAUGUAGAAAUAAUAAAAAUGAAUAAAUUGAAUCUCUCCC